CUCUUCCGCACUCCGCUGUCUUGUGGUCGCGGCGUCACCUGCACCUUGGUAGAGUGUCGUAUCCUCCUUCUUAUUAGGGAGGAAUAAUAACCGAGAAACCCUUUGCUUGCUAAGUAUUCAUGGAUUAACAGAGAGGAAUUUCAGUCCACGCGCUUUCCACACACUACGGCAUUGGAUAAAUCUGCGUUAGUUGCCAAGCUUCCAUUUCAGCCGCCAUGUGGGCAUACGUUUUUCUGGCAUGUUUAGUUGCAGGGAUUGUGGAGGCAACAUCUCCUUAUUGCUUCGACAUAGACAAGAAGACGGGGAAGCAGUUGUGUUGUCCACUCGGGAAAAACGAAAAUGGAGUGUGUGUGGAAUACCUUCCGAAGAAUUCCCUCAGGCAUAUGAAAGGCGUUGAGAGUAUCGAGCAGUUUAACGAAACGAAAGCCUAUGUCGUCUCGCCACCACAAGACAGUGAUGAGUCGUGUUGCUGUUUGGAGGAGAAGGAACGGAUGUUGCUGAAAACCGUGGUGGCAGAAGGGGGAGAAACCUAUGAAGUGGCGCAGAGUGACCCAAAUAUGGUGCAACCCGUGGAGACAGUGAUUUGCCGCCUCACACCUUGCAUAACACCAUCUCAUCGCCAAGACAAGGGUAUCAGAUGCUCACAGAAAUGGAAGAGCUGGGAGGUGUACGUAAAGGACCCGGCUAAUGAAGAUCGGUUACGCGUUGUGAGUUUCAAGGUGCCAAGCGGGUGUCUCUGUGCCUCCAACGCAGAGGGCGUUCAAGACCGGAAGCUGCAGGACCCAUCUGCCUUUGACCUCGAUCACUGGCUCCAGACUGAAGUGCGUAGGUUGUUUUUGAACGCUGAUGACAUGUACGACACUCAUCCAACGGUGACGGGCACAAGAACGCUGAGGUACCCUGUGAAAAGGCAGACGCACAACACGCAAGGGAGUGAGGCAAUGUCGACCGUAAGGAUUCUGGCGCUCAUCCUAUCCAAGGUGGAACCAUCCGCCAGACUUCCCAUUUUCCAGGAGGUGAAGGGGAUCAUGAGCGAAAAGGUAAACUACAUGCGAGAAGCAAGAAAGAUCAUCGAGGCGAUCUUUGGCGGGGGCGGGACGGCCGAUGGCGCCUCUGCUGACUCUGUGGUUUCCUCUGCUGGUUCUACCGCGAAGCCAAACCCAGGCCCGCAGCCACAGGAGACCGAAGACACCCUCAAAGUGAAGGUAAUCCAAUUCUUAUUAAGACGUGUGAUGGCCGAGGUGAUGUGUAACGCAACGGUGGUCGUCAAACUGGACGAGCACAAGACGCCCUCCUUCCUCCCGCCGGAAUUUGCCAGGGAAUUGCAGCGGAAUGGCACCGCCCUGCUCUCGCCCGUGGCCUGCGUGCUCGUCUCCACCGCCCUCCGUUGCGGCGACACGGACGUCCUGGAGGCCAUCAGCGACGGACGCCUCGCGCGCAUGAUCGUGGGCGCCGAGACGGUCAGCGAAGGCAUUGCGAAGGUUCUGGAUGAUAACAAUGGCAAAAUUAGUGCCGUGUUCCAAUUAGCGAGGGACAACACUACCUCUCAAAUAGUGAUUGAUGAGAGCAAAGUUGCAGAAAUUCAGGGUUUCUUUGAUAGAGUUCUUAAAGCCACUGGUAAUAGUGCCAGCACGACUAUUUCUGAAACUACAGUGUGGAUAACACCAACCGGAAAUGACAAUCCAUCAACAUUUGGAAUGUCUCUCAACAAACUGACUUUGCCAAUUGUGACGUCAGAUCCAGUAAAUGUAACACCAAGUAAUUCACAAGGAUCAGAGGAGCCCAUGGUGAACCCAGUGAUACCUCCUGGAGACCAACUUCCUCCAUCAGAGUAUAUGAGCUUCAAUGACACCGGUGCUGUCCUGAGCAGUUUUUUAAACGGGACAGCUGAGGGAGGAAAGCCUGUUACACCAACCGGCAAUGACAAUCCAUCAACAUUUGGAAUGCCUCAACAAACUGUGACUUUGCCAACUGUGGCAUUAGAUCCAGUAAAUGUAACACCAAGUAAUUCACAAGGAUCAGAGGAGCCCAUGGUGAACCCAGUGAUACCUCCUGGAGACCAACUUCCUCCAUCAGAGUAUGCAAGCUUCAAUGACACUGGUGCUGUCCUGAGCAGCUUUUUAAACAUGACGGCUGAGGGAGGAAAGCCUGUUACAUUAACGACCUCAGCCCCAAUUCAGACUGUGAUGGAGAGCGGGACCACGAGUAUAUCCGAGGUCCAGACUGAAGAGACUCCUACGACUACUGUAACUUCGGAUUUUCCUUCGACAGUAACUGUUGAGAUAUCAGAAGCACCUACAACAUUUACUGACUCUUCUGCUACUGAUGGGACGAUGGAAUCAUCUUUUUCAGUCACAACUGGUAAGACUACUACGUCGUUUACUGAUGAGACAACAUAUUCUUCAUUGACAGUGACAAAGGUAACUGAAUAUUCAGCAUCAAUGACUGAGGAAGAAACUACUGCCUCAGUUAGUGCAGAAACAUAUGCUCCUUUGUCAUCAACUGAUGUUUCGAAUUUUCAGACUGAGACGACGACUGAAACGGUAACUGAAGAUUCAACAGAGGAAACAGAGUUGACAACUACCUCAAUGACUGAAGGAACAGAAAGUAAUAGCUUUCUAACUACACUCUCUAUGACCAUGGGAAUAACUACAGAAGAAACGACCACAACGGAAGAAUCUACAGCGUCCGUUACCAAUGAGUCGGUGACCGAAGCAACAGUUACUGGGGAAUCGACUACCAAAGAAAUAUCUAUGGAAGAAGCGGCAACAACAGGAGCAGCAGUCUAUGAGGAAUCGACACCCAGACAGACGGCAACAGAGGGAACAGUUACAGAGGGCUCAACUUCUGAGGAGAUGGUAACAGAAGAGACAAUCACAGAGGGAUCGACGCUCAAACAGACUACAGCAGAAGGAACAGUCAUUACUGCGGAAUCGACGCCCAGAGUGACGGCAACUGAAGCAGCAGUGACGAAGGUAUCGACAUCCGUCACUGAGAUAGAAUUCACUACACCUUUACCUGACAAUGCAGUAGUAGUCAGUCCAGUAAUUCCUUUAGAAGAGGAUUUACCCGAGCAAGAAUAUCAGCCCGUGGACAUUCCAGUCGAAUUUAUACUUAACUUUCUCAGUUAAUUCGCGUGUUGUAUUGCAGUUCAUUGUGCUUCAGCUGGGUGUAUGAUUGCGUGUGCGAUUGUGUAUUUGUAUGCGGGGUGAACAUGGAUAUUUUUUGGUGUCAUUUCGUGAAUAUUUUAUGAUUAUUGAUUUUUAUAGUUUGUAUCCGUUCAGCUAGUUACCAGACCUUGAGAAAGAACCCUUUGUAAUAUUCAUAUAUCUCGCUACAUGGAAUAACAUGAAAUAUUCAAACAAGAAAUACAAAUUGUGAUCAAUAAAUGCUCCCUUCAUGGAAGCCCAGUUCCCUUUUUUUAAAUGAUCGAAAUAAUUUUGCGAUACUCUGGUGUUGAUAAUACUUCGCCUGACUGUCAAGAGGAGCUGUGCGAUUGUAUACAUGCUGGGGAAAAGAUUUAAGUUGUAUAUAAUGAUAGCAAGUUGGUGCAGAAAGUAUUAAUGGCAUUAUUUGUUGAAAAUGUUUUUUAUCACAGUUUUAAGUUUUUGUUAUUAAAACUUUUAUAAAUACAAUGUGUUUUAUUCAGCAUAUUCUGAGAUGGGUAAAAUUUUAAAAUUAGGCCUAUUUCACAUUACAAAAAUGUUUCAAAGCAUAGUUGUUAAAGUGGUUACUACAGUAUCAGAAUCUGUAGAAUGCAGACAUUGACACUGGGUCGCUUUCACUGAUGGAAACUAUACCAGCUUUUACCAUAAGAUCUAGGUUAGAAUGCCAGCCGUUUGUAUGGAAGGAUAAUUACAUUUAAAAGACCAUAGCCCCAAUAUCCAUCCCAACACUCAUCCUCCUCCUACUCAUACCCCUACACCACUUCCUCCAACUCCCUCCCAACAUA